GAGUUUGUGUACCCAGUGAGGCAACUCAACUCAAUUUGGUGGUUCUGUUCUGCUCUAUCAGAAAAAAAAGAAAAAAGUUUCUGAUUCCAUGAUUUUCCAGUUUAGCAAUCUGAUCUUUGACAAAGACCACAUCCUUCUUCACUCAGAGCCUCACUGUCAAGAACCCUCCAAAAUCCACUUCUCAAUUCAAAGGUAAGCCUCUUCCUCUUCCUCUUCUGUCUCUCCCGCGCUCUCUCUUCACCGGUAGAAAUGCAGAACACAUAUUUUAGCUCAAGUAUGUACUCUGUUAGAACUCAAGGGUCUCUUUCUUAUUCCUUCAAUGACUAUUCUUACUUACUAAAUGAAAGAUUUGACAGAAACCCAAUUCAUUCAUCAACAUUAUCAUCAUCAAAAUCAUGUUGUUGUACUUGUUGUGCAUUGUCAACUCAUAGAGUGCCCAUAAACCCUUGUUACUUGUAUGGGUUGAGGCAAUCCACCCUGCUUCAAUGGUCAGCUUGCAGAAGGUUGAUCUUGGGCCGCAGGGACCGGUACAAUUACCGGGUUCAGGAACAGAGUCCUGACUGGGGUUGUUAUGAGCGCCCUUGCUCCCUUAUGGAGAGGAAUGUUUAUAGUAGACGUGGUAGAAGAAGAAAAGGAAGAUGUUGUAGGGCUGAUGGGGAAGGAGAGGGUGAACUUUACAAUUCGGGUGAUCUCGAUGAUGCCGAGGCUAUGCUCAGUUUGUUGAGUGAGGAAGUGGGCGAGGAGUGUUUUCGUAGAGAGAGAAAUGGGUUUUCAUUUAAGAUAGUAGAACUGGAGGGUAGGAGGCGUUUGAGUGGUAGAGAGAGAAGUUCAUCUAAGAGAGUAGAAGAAGAGAGUAGGGGGAGUUUGAGUGGUAGUGAGAGAAAAGUGAAUUCAUCGAAGAGAGUAGAAGAGGAGAGUAGGAGGAGUUUGAGUGGUAGAGAGAGAAAUGCGAUUUCAUCUAAGAAAGUAGAAGCAGAGAAGAGGAGUUUUGGUGGUAGAGAGAAAAAUGGGAGUUCAUCAAAGGGAGUGCAAGUGGAGAUUGAAGGAAACAAUAGUAGUGAGUGUAACAGUGGGAAGAAGAAAAAUGAUGGUAGGUUGAGUUCUUCGGAGAGUAAUUCGAAGCGCCAAUUUGAAUCGGCCACAAUUGAUUUGAGUGAAGGAGAUUCUAGACAGAAAGAAGAGAGGGGAAUGUUUUUGAGAAGUGAAAAUCUUAGGGGAAGGAAAGGGGGUUCUAGUUCAUCUUAUUACUCCUUUUCAUCUUCAGGCGAUUUUGAGAUAGAUUUUCAGGAUAAGCAUGGCCUCCUUGAGGAACCAGCUUCAAGUGUGUACAAGGAUUCAGAAUGUGAUAGAUUUGAUGAGCAGGUCAGUGAAGAGUACAGGAAGCAUAGAGAUGAUUCUGAUGGAAAUGGAGAAAUAACAAGACAAACAAAUACUGCAGUUGAGGGUGGUGUUACAUGGGAUUGGAGGAAGAAGACAGAAAAGAAGCUAACAGAAGUAGUGGCUGAAGAAACACAGGCUGAUUGGAAAUCCUCAGAAAUGCAUUCAAGAGUGAUGAAGACCAAGCAACAUGAGUUAGGAAAGGCCUCUGGAUCCCACAAGCAAUUUGAUGAUGAGCAAGAGACUUCAUAUUUGACCAAGGCAACAAAAGAACAAUACAGUCAAACAGAGAACCAAGUUGGUGGUGUGCCUGAAUCUAGAAGAAAAUUCCAAGAACACAAUGAAAUAUCAGAGAUUUGUAGAAAUUCUGUUGAAACAACUUCCUGGUCCCAGAAGAGACCCACGCAAAGGGAAAACCUAGGGAUAGCUACAAACUUAGUGCAGGAAACAAAAGAUGAACAUUACAAGACAGCUGGCAAUAUCAAUAAAAAAGAAGAUUUAAACAGAGACAACCAAAAGCUCUCAAGAGUUUCGCAAGUUCGAGUUGCUGACGCUGAAAGGACGUCCAAUUGGCAGGGGCAGUCUGAUACAAGAGGGAUUUACCAGGAAGAAAACACAAAUGUGUUGCUGAGUUCAGUAAAUCAGAUAGAAGUGCAACACCACCAAAUAGACCAGCAGAUCAUUGGAUGUGUCAACUUGGGAAGAAAGCCCCAACAAGUCACUGACAUAUCAGAAAUUUGUGACAGUGGUGUUGAAACGGCCAACAUUAUUCAACCUGAAAUUAGAAUUAAGAAUCAGGCAGAGCGUUCAAACUUGGUUCCUGCUUCAAGUGGAGAGUCGUCAGAGCCAUACUCAGGAAUGGAUGAGAAAGCAUUUCAGAGGAUUCAAUCCAGAAAAGGAACUGAUGAUGUUACUGAAAUGCCACUGGUCCGUGCUAGUAAUAAAGAGAGAAAUACCAAUGCUCAAAGAAUCUCUAAGAAGAGAACUAUCAAUCAAGGAAGUGAUAUAGCAUCAGCUGCUACAUCAUUUGAGGAAACAAGACAGAGAAAUAAUGAAACUGAUGAAACGCUCAUGCAAGUUAAACCCAGAAAGGAGGCCCAAAGUUCUACUGGAUUAUCUAAUUUUUAUGAAAAGGACUCAGAAGGAGCCUCUAGUUUCCAAGCAUCUUUGAGUACGGUUUCCCAAGCUAGAAUACAACCUGAUGAUGUUGUGGGGAAUAAGAGAAGCCCACAGGCAAUGCUAUUGCCUCCCCCUUCUCAAUUGAUAGCUAGAGGAUCGCUGCACAUUGAGUCAACAAGUGGGAUGGCAACUCAGGAGGUUUCCGGAGAAAUUUCAGAAAGUGGUUCUCCAGCCUUGUGUACUCAUUCAGGGAAACAAACUUCAGCUUUGCACCAAGAAUCACACACUGGAAGUGGAAAUGCCGAGACAGAAGCGGAAAUUGAAUACCUCAUUCCUGAAGAUGCUUUGGGUUCAGCUUAUCGUUUGGAGAAAUCAUCUUCACAGUUUCUGGGGGAUUUCAUUGAGAGUGUGAGGUAUGGCGUAUCAACUUCUGAAAACCAGAAUGAGACAGUUUCUGAACCAAGAUUAGUAUAUGGGGGCGAGGAGGAGGGGCAAAGUACUUCGGCUUUGCUCCAAGAAUCAGGCAGUGGAAAUGGAAACCCUGGGACUCCAGGGGAGAUUUUAUACCUCAUUAAUCCAGAAGAUGCUUUAAAUUCAGCUCAUCGUUUGGAGAAAUCAUCUUCACAGUUUGUUGGGGAGUUUUCUGAGAAAGUGAGGCAUGAAGUCUCAACUUCUAAAAAUCAGAAUGUGAAUACAGUUUCUGAAGAAAAAUUGGUGCAUGGAGAUGAGAAGUAUGGGCAAAGGAAUUCAAGUCAAAAUGGAUCUCAAGACUUGCAGAAGAAGAAGAAUGACUCAAGGCGUUCAUCUGGAGGUUCUGGAACCAAGGGGCCUUCAGAUGAGAUGUGGGAUGUAACAGACCCAUCUGUUCUUAGAACCCCCAUGGCAGAAAAAUCAGAGGUCACUACAAGUGGGAAUGCCAUUGUCAAGAGAACUGGCAGGUCUGUAUGGAAUAUUGUUGCAGAUAUAUUAAGGCUGAAGUGGAGUUCGAAUGCUGAAACCCCUCGUUCUGCUGGGAAAUCAGGUGGAAGGAUUUCAUCAAAUGAAUCUGCAAGUAGUGAGGCAUGGUUUUCUGGCCGUGAGCCUGAAGACAACAAUGAAAAGAACGCAAAAGGGGAUCAAGACAUGCAACCAGAACCCACCUCUGAUCAGCUGCAACCAGGUAAAUCAUUUUCUCAAAGUGAAGGAGGAGUGUCUGGCAUAAUGAGAACCAAGGACAAGGUAAGAUAUUCUGAAGCAGGUACGCCAUCGUCUCCCAUUAAAGACGACAGUGGGCUGACAUCAACAGCCGCUUCCGUGUCUUCUGGUGAGGAAACUUUGGGUUCAAAAGAGAAUCAAAAGAGUUCUCAAGGUUCUUCUUCUGGUAUUAAAAAAGUGGAAUCAUCGCAACCACUAAUUGCAAGUGGUAUAUGGUCUCCUGUUUUGGAAGAAAUUUCAAAUCCAGGUAUCACUGUGUCUGCAAGUGGUUCAACGAAGCACAUGGACCAAUUUGGUAGUCAAAAGUUAAAUGAAGUAUCGGACAAUGUGCAAAUGGGUGGGGAAUUGAAACAAAGGAAGCUUCAGAGGAAUAAGCAAGUCCUGAGAGACAGAUUUGAUGAAUGGGAAGACGCGUAUACGCUUGAAAUUGAACAGAGAAAAACUGAUGAAAUGUUUAUGAGAGAAGCACUGCUCGAAGCUAAGAAGGCUGCUGAUACUUGGGAGGUGCCUGUUGGGGCCGUACUGGUACAACAUGGGAAGAUUAUUGCACGUGGAUGUAACCUAGUGGAAGAAUUACGGGAUUCAACAGCCCACGCAGAGAUGAUAUGCAUACGAGAGGCUUCAAACCUUCUUCGGACAUGGAGGCUUGCGGAUAGUACACUAUAUGUAACCCUUGAACCAUGCCCUAUGUGUGCUGGAGCAAUACUCCAAGCGAGAAUCGACACUGUUGUGUGGGGAGCUCCCAAUAAGCUUCUUGGAGCUGAUGGCAGCUGGAUAAGACUUUUUCCGGAUGGGAGGGGAGGAAACGGCUCGGAACAGUCAGACAAGCCAGCUGCUCCCGUCCACCCAUUCCACCCGAAGAUGAACAUCCGACGAGGUGUGUUGGCAUCAGAGUGUGCAGAUAUAAUGAAGCAGUUCUUCCAGCUGAGAAGAAAAAAGAAAGAAAAGCAAGCAGACCUGCCAGCACCGCCCGCACGUCAGCCUGUUUCUCACCAUCCAUCAAAGUUACUUACAAAGAUGCAUGACAUCUUCCAUAUAAUGUUCUGUUUGUGAUGGAUAGUUCAAAACCGACAAUUUGAUCAUAAAUGUACAAAUCUCUAUUGAAGUUUUGUCCGUCCCGUAGAUAAAAUUGUUCUCUCUUAUA